ACCUCUACUGUUUCCAAAACAUGGAACGAUUGGCUCGCUUAUUUUCAAAGUGCAUAUUGCUAGUAUAAAAAAGCCGUGUCGACCGAAACCCUAUCCGUUUCUCUCGCUUUUCUUUUCACUUGCUUUUUUACUUUAUUCAAAUCGCCUCUUUCUCAAACAUGCUUGGUGAAGCGUCUUCUUAUCAAGGUGGUUAUGAACGACCCAAUGCCGACGAAGCAGCUCGUAUUGCUACGCGUCAUGGUGCUUCCGAAGAGGAACACGGUCUCUUCUCGUCGGUAUUGUCAAAUUUGUUACAUAAAGAUGACGACGACGAUGAUGCGCCUACCAAGAAGCCUGUCAAUGCAGAUGAAGUGGAGCACGCCGCACAAGCUCACGACAAAAUUUACAGCCAAAACGGCGGUGAGCCCAAUGAGCAAAGCUCUUCACGUGAUUUAGGUUCAGCCGCAGCUUUGCAAGCGUUCAAGAUGUUCUCUGGUGGUGGCGGCAGCAGCGGAGGCAGCAGCAAUGAAUUGAUUGGUAUGGCGAUGGGUGAAGCCAUGAAAUUAUUCAACGCUCAAAGUGGCAAAACCGGUGGCGGCAGCAAUGUCGAUCAAGCUGAAAUGCUUCAAAACGCGGCUAUGAUGGCCAUGAAAUUGUAUAUGACGCAUCAGUCAUCACAAAGCAACUCGGGUGGCAGCAGCAGUGGAGGCAUCGGUGCCUUGAUGGGCAUGUUGGGCGGUGGUCACCAGAACCAGAGCAGCAGUGGUGGUCUUGCUAGUAGCUUGCUUAGCAAACUUUUGUAAUGCCCAUUUUUUUUUCUUACGUCUUUUUUAUUUUACCCCAUCUGUCAUUUGCUGUAAAGCUUCGUCUCCUGAUAUUGUCAUAAAAAGAAUAAAUGAUACUGUUCAGAGGAGGAAAAAGGAUGGAAAGAAGG